AUGGCCCUCUACCUGUCCGACGACGAAGAUUAUUACGAAGAUUACGAAGACUACGAUGACUUUGAUGAUAGCCUCGUUGAUCAACUAGCCGGAGCCACAAGCCACGAUAUUGUCACCGUUGAUGAUCCAUCUCUUGAGACGGGUGAAUAUUUCAGCGACUGGGAUGAGCAGUCGGAUGACUACUACGAUGAGGAACCUACAGCCGUGCGGAGACGUCGAGUUCUUGGGAAUAAUAAAUCGAUCGGAAAUCGUUCCAAUGUCAUACCCACCGGGAUCCCUUCAGAGAAGCGAAAACAGAAGCUGGGCAACACCUCCAAUAUAGAGAAACAAUCAGUAAAAAUGGAUACUUCGUCGUUCAGAGCUGUUGUGUGGAAGAAACCUAACCAUGAAGAUGACAAUAUUGUCCAGCUCUAUGAGCCAGGAAAUGGGGAAAAGGUCGCGCUGUUGAAGAACUGGAGGGAGGUUUUUAAGAAUGCUCAUCCUUCCAAUGAUCGCUUCUGGAUACGAAAGAGGGCAUUCAGUUCCACGAGAUCCGAUUCCGUUACUCAUACUGUUCCAGUCGAUGGAUCCUCGGAGUAUGCAAAGGAGAAACAGAUCCCAUCAGUAGCUGUUGAACCGGUCGAGGAAGUCCCCGUUGCUAGCCCAAUGGAUUAUUGCAAUAAGCAGCCCAGCGAUGUCUCCGACUCCGCAACACCCUCAUCGGAUAUACCCUCUACAACCCAGACGCAGAUAUCAUCCGUCACAAGCGAUACCAGUCUGGAUGAACUGCCCGCACCAGCCGUGACUGUUCUGCCUACGAAGAGUAGGAAGCGCAAGGCGUCAAUUUCCGUUGAUACCGGACCUGAGCGCGACGUUACCGGUGGUGAGGAUAGAAAUCCUAAGUCAAGAAAGAUCGCAUCCAAGGGAAAGGCAGCGAAUGAUCACCACAGAGGUCAGACACGGCCACCACCAAGCGAAGUGCAGAGGUCAACACGGGUAAAGAAGGAUUUCAAAUGA